AUGGAGACCCUGAGAGCAUUUCGGCCAUUUACAAGUAUCCCCAGAGGACGAAAUUCAUCGAUACUUAGACAACUUCUCAAUUUGGCUGGAUGUAUACUCAUUAUCCCAGCAUUCUAUUUGGCUACCAUACAAACCCUACACCCAAUGACAAUAGAUAUACUGCUUGGCAUUACCCUGACCGAAUACAAUCGUUUUGCCAACGAAGGACGUCGUAUCUCCUUCUACUCAACAAAAGAUGCGUCUCUGCAAAGAAAGGAUACCAUAGAGACAGAGAAGAGCGGCUUCGAAACGCAGAAAAAUGUUCAGAAGCUCGGUUGCAUAUCGACUGUGGUUGGCUACCGUGAGGAUCCUGGGUUGUUUACGCGGGCUCUUGAGAGCUACAAGACAGCUCGAGGUCAAGCCUUCAUGUUAGUCGGCAUUGAUGGUAACGACGCAGAAGAUCAAGACAUGUUCUACGUGUUUAAGAAGGUCUAUCCUUCUGAGUCUCGGAUCAUUCACAUAGAGGAGCCAUUGGGCGACAUAGCACAGCGGCUUUAUACUAAACAUUUAGCUAUGCAACACGAGCAGGGGCUUGAGAUCGACGAAGAGGAAAGCAACAACGUGGUGAUCCGGCAUUGCAUGAAGCUCGCACGAGUUAUACUUGAUCAACAGGGCUGCUUGGUCGGCGACCCAGAUGGUAUUAGACAUCUAUGCCUCGUUCAACAACAUAUGCACAAGAAGGGAAUAAUGUUUACCACUUUCAUCUUUUCGCUUGUUAUUGCGGACAUACUCGGCAUUGAGUUCAUGUGGUCGUCAGACUCCGAUACGCUGGUGUUGGAGGACACUCUUGAGAGGACCAUCAGCACCAUUGCCGGGGAUCCUACUGUUGGCGGCGCCAGCUCAGGAUUGACUGUGCACAACGGCGAUGACACGGUAGUAACGCGCUUAGCUGCCACGGUUUACUGGGCCGAGCUUUAUCUGACCCGAUCCACGCCCGCUUGUACCGCAACGAGUGACUGCCAAAGCGGGCCUUGCACAGCUUUUCGACUAUCAGCUCUAUCGGCCAUUCUUAUGCCCUGGUAUAUGCAAAAGGUCUUUGGCAAGCGAAUGAUCGUUAACGAGGAUCGCCACCUUACCACCAACCUUCUCGUCCGUGGCUGGGGCGUUGUCUUUGCUUCCGACGUCCUUACGGUUACAGAGACGCCCACUACUGUCACACGCUGGUUGCGACAACAAGUCCGCUGGGCCCGAGCCACGCACAUCGAAUCCCUCCUCAUCCCACGUGUCUAUGCCAUGUCUCAUCCUAUGGCAUUCUUCGCCGCUGCCAGACGUGAGUUUGGACCUCUAGUCGUUGCAGUGGCCGUGCUCUCGUACUUCUUCACGUCUCACAAGCUGCUUUAUUUCAGCUACCCGGAUCUGUUUCUGCGAAUUGGUAUUACAGCGAUUUAUAACAUUUUGCGCAAUCCAGAUAGGUUAAGACUUGCUUUGUCUUGGUAUGUUGUGCCGGGCAUGUUCUUCUACAAUGUGCCUCUACCAGCAAUACACAUCUGGAGUUUGGUGACACUAACGGCCGAUACCUGGGGGACGGCAAUGAGGGCGAGCACGGAGAUCUCCAAGAAGGACAGCACUCGGAAGAAAUGGUUCGAGACAGGCUUCUUUGUAGUUUGGAUGGGGAUAGUUGGCGGUACAGUGGCCAGGUGGGUUGCGUCCGAGUUUCACUUUUCCCAGGGCCAGACACUUGUAUCGAUGUUGUGCGGCAUCUCGCUCGCAUCUGUCGGCACCUGGAAGUCAACGAUUGCGAGUCAAUAG